UACUUAUCACCCAAUCCUAACCAGUCCAGACUUCAAGUCUUCAACCCCAUUGAUUUGUAGUCCCCCCAGAGGCUCCAACCAGUACAAACCUUCGAAAUCUUUAUCGUAUGGAGAAGAAACAAGUGGUAAUCAUUGGAGCUGGAAUUAGUGGUCUUGUAGCAUGUAAAUACUGUCUUUCCAAAGGCUUUGAUCCGAUUGUUUUCGAGUCUGAUGGAGAUAUUGGUGGGGUAUGGGCUAAAACCAUACGAACCACUAAGCUACAAACAUUCAAAGGGAUGUACCAGUUUUCAGACUUCCCAUGGCCUUCUUCAGUGAUUGAUGACUACCCUACACAAGACCAAGUCCUAAGUUAUCUUCGGUCCUAUGCGACUCAGUUUGACUUGACGAAGCAUAUUCGAUUCCAUUCCGUAGUAAAAGAAAUUGACUUCCAUGGGGAAUCCUCGCAUAUGUGGUCGCAUUGGAAUGGAAUCAACGGAACUUUUCCGCAAGGUAAAUGGAAAGUCACUGUUGAGACAAGUCAAAGUCAAACACCAUCCACGAAGGUGUACGAAGCAGAUUUUGUGAUUUUGUGUGUGGGAAGAUUCAAAGAUGUUCCAAACAUACCGUCAUUCACUCACGACACAAGCCCAGAAGUUUUCCAGGGCAAAGUAAUUCACUCCAUGGACUAUUCUGCUAUGGAUCACGAAAGAGCUAAGCAAUUCGUUAAAGGGAAGAGAGUUGUUGUUGUAGGGUUCCAAAAACAAGGGCUUGAUAUCGCCAUGGAAUGCUCAUCAGAAAAUGGACCAGAAAAUCCGUGUACCAUUGUGUACAGGAAAGACCGAUGGAAGAUGUCUGAUUUUAGUCCAUGGGGAAUUCCGUUGCAAUAUUUAUAUUUAAACCGGUUUUCAGAGCUUAUGGUACAUAAACCCGGAGAAGGUUUUCUACUCGGUAUGUUGGCAACCCUUCUAUCACCUCUUAGGUGGGGUAUUUCAAAGCUGGUGGAAACCCACAUAAAAAAGAAUCUUCCUCUAGCGCAAUUCAACAUGGUACCUGAGCGUAGUUUCUCUAAUGAUAUGCGUUCGUGUUUACUUGCGGCAAUGCCCGAAGACUUCUUCAACCGAGUUGAAACCGGAAGAAUUCACUUACAGAAAUCUCCCGGUUUCGGAUUUUACAAGGAUGGCAUUGUGGUCGAUGGAGGAAAUAAACGGAUUCAGACAGAUAUAGUCAUACUAGCUACGGGAUUCAAAGGGAUCCAGAAGCUCAAAAACAUUUUCACAUCCCAAGAUUUUUGCCACUUCAUUGCGGUUUCACCAGAUUCCAGAGUUUCUCUCUACAGGGAAUGCAUUCAGCCAAGAAUACCACAAUUAGCGAUAAUUGGAUUCUCGGAGAGUUUUUCGAACCUGUUCACAUCGGAAAUAAGAUGCAGAUGGGUUGUAGAGCUUCUCGAUGGGGGAUUCAAGCUACCAAGCAUUGAAGAAAUGGAGAAAGAUAUCUCAAAUUGGGAUGAUUAUAUGAAAAAAUCCUCUGGUGAAUACUAUCAGAGGUCAUGCAUAACAGCUUUGGAUAUAUGGUAUAAUGAUCAACUCUGCAAAGACAUGGGUUGGAACCCUCGACGUAAAAAGGGGUUUUGGGCCGACUUAUUUCAACCUUAUGGUCCCAUGGACUAUGCUAAUCCAUAAGUUUAUAAAAACCGUGACUUGCGCAUGAAUAAUAACGACUUUGUUAUGGAACUAAUUGUGAAAUGUAGCAAUGCAUUUUGUCUUGUUGCUCAUGUGAGCGAUUUACUAUACUUUUACCAAUAAUAACCAUGU